CGAUCAUCAUGUCAUCAGGAAACAACAGCUUUGUUAAGGACUUUUUUAUCGUUGGUUUUCCUGGGCUUCAGCCAGGAUACUAUGGUGCAGUGGCUGCUCUGCUGCUUUUUGCCUAUGUGUGUAUCUUAGUGGGGAACGGAAUAUUUAUAGCACUUUUUACUCUAGAAAAACGCCUUCAUAAACCUAUGUAUUAUAUCAUCUUAAACCUGGUUGUAAGUGACUUAUUAUUCAGCACCACUACCUUACCAAAGAUUAUUUCUAGAUACUGGUUCCAAGAUGGUAGUAUUUCAUUCACUGGUUGCUUCAUUCAGAUGUAUUUUGUGCACUAUUUUGGUUCAGUCAGUUCUGUUAUCCUGGCAAUAAUGGCCUUUGACAGGUAUGUAGCCAUAUGUAAUCCCUUAAGAUAUCCUAAUAUAGUCACAAAGUUGAACAUUUUCUUUCUUUGUCUGGCUGCAUGGGUGCUAACAAACACAUGCCCUUUAAUGAUGGCAAUAAGGGCUUACCCUCUGCCUUACUGUUCAGGAAACACAAUUAUACACUGUUACUGUGAUCACAUUUCUAUCACAUCACUUGCAUGCACUAACAGGGCACUGUACGGAGUUCCAGCCUUUGCAAUUGCUAUGGUUGUGUUGCUCGGUCCCCUGGCCUUCAUAAUUUUCUCUUACUGUGCCAUCAUUGUGGCAGUUUUGCAUAUAUCGAGCACUCAAGGAAGGCUGAAGUCUUUCUCCACCUGCAGUCCUCAGCUCAUCAUAAUUGCUCUAUAUUUUCUACCCAGGUGUUUUAUUUAUUUGUCUAGCAACAUUGGUAUCAACUUCAGCACUGAUUUGCGAUUAGUCAUUAUUAUGAUGUAUAGUCUGUUUCCACCCAUGAUCAACCCCCUCAUUUACUGUUUGAGGACAAAAGACGUGAAGGAAACCUUACUCAAAAAGAUAAAAGUUUCAAUGAAUCCCCUAUUUAUUCCAACAAAGGUGAAUGUAUCCACUGUAUGUGUGUAAAUUCAUAUAGCAGUCAUACAUUAGAAGAAACAACAAAAACAAAAUAGUAUUAGAUGUAAACAUACUAAAUUAGUAUAGUAACUGUGAGAAGACAUACGAUUUAAUCAGUUUUAGCCACAAAAGUUUAUUUUUGUAAUUUUUAAACAAUUACAAACUUGCUAUAUUUCACCUAAACUAAAUUUGAAAAAACAAAGAAAGAAAAAGACUAUUAAAUAUGAUUAAAACAAUAUUGUAUAUGAAACAUCUGUUCCCAGCGGAAACAACCUUUAUACGACAAGUCAAUAGCUGUACUAAACUGAUGUGUAUUUUGUGUUAAAUGUGAUGUUAAGAACUACAUGGUAAUUUUUUGUCACUGUAAUUUAUGCCAUUGUCUUUACAAUUUACAAGUCAGAUAUAAACAAACUGAGACUGUUACUGUGAUCAUGUCUCCAUCACAACACUGGCAUGCACUGACAGAUCACUAUAUAGUAUUCCAGGCUUAAUUCUUACUGCUCCAUCUUCAUACAGAUUUUAGGUACCCAAGGAAGGGUGAAGAAUUUCUCCACUUACAGUAAGGGCUUUCUAGGCCAACAUAAACACACCUGAAGCAGCUAAUCAAGGUCAUCAGGAUCAGUAGAAACCUUUGUGUGCUAGAUGUAAACUGUUCAACCAAGUCACUCUCCAGGAGCCACUUUACACACCAUUAGGGUCCCCAAAGAUUAUGGAGGGCCAUACUAAAAAUUAUAACCAUCCUCGUAUUGGUCACAAUAGAAUGAUUCCUUAAUGGCAAUCAAAUUACAAUGUAGUGAUCUUAUGCAAGUUCAACAAGAAUGACACUUUUGAAUAGAACUGAAACAAAAAACAUGUUUUCCAAAGAAGCACUGUAGGAGAUGUACCACGAGUCAAACAGAAAAUUCUUCAUAUUGGGAAUCAGUGCAUUAUAUUGUAUGUAAUAUUUACAAUAGUAUAUUCCCACAAAUACAAACAGACACAAACACGUAGCUAAGUGAUUUUUGUUUGACACAAAUAAAGCAAAGACAG